ACUCAAGUGCGAUAUCGUACAUUCACGUAUCACGCGCGUAUCGCACGGACCGUGUUAGCUGCCUGGACAUCUGUACGCGCACGCGCAAAUUUAAAAAGAGAUGUCACGAAGUUCGAAACUGCAAGCAGUGUGAAGAUUUUAUAAACGCAGUCAUCUUUUGAGGCCAAACGGAUUUUUGGAAGUGGAAUACAUCCAUACGCAUAGCUCAUGCCAUGAAGUCUCCUAGUGGGAUGACUAUUGUGGUGAUUCUAGGCACCCUCCUCUACAUCCUCACCCCACCCGUUGGUGGUGCUGCUGUCGGCGCAGCUCGGCUUCCCCGAGCGGAGCCACAGCCAACUUCGAGCAGCACUGACUAUGCCCAGCUGGCGCUGCUGCGUUUCCGGGCGAUAAGGGAUCUGAUCCAAGGCUUGCAGGAGGUGCAGGAGUCCUUCCAACAACGCGCCGCAGAAGGGAGCCUCCUAGACGCGCUGGGUAGUAUGCCCAAAUGUGGUGCAGUGGGAGAGUCGUGUGACUUGUACAGCGAAUGCUGCCCACCGCUGAUGUGCCAUCACCACACUCGACUUGAUUUGUCAAAGCCCAACAGUGGAAGAAUUCUGGGAUUCUGUGGAGCAAGGCACACGCAACGCUAGACUAACUCUGGGGACGAGGUCAUCUGGGCUUCAUAGACGAACCACGUCAGGCUUUGGGCAGGGAAAAUAACUUGCAUCCAGGAGAUGUGAGGAGGGUAGAAGAGAUAUUAGCAACUUGUUUCUCAACGGAGAUAGUGUACUGGGGUAGACUUGUUACGUACAGGCAUUGUUUUCCAGAAGGGAAAGGGUAACUUCGUGGGAUGGGUGCAGUUUCUAGAGCAAGUCAGGGCAUUGGGGAACAAAGCCUGGUUUUUACAGUUAAAGUGUUGGACAGUUGCCGGCUAAAGUUCAAUGAAAUAUUUGCUGAAAUGGAAUUACUGCAGAAAAUAAGAAAAAAACGGCAAUGAACAAGCUUUGCUGAUGAGAAAUCUUUCCAAAUUGAUCAUUCAAACAUGCAUUUACCACUGAAAAAAGGGGGUUUUGACAAACUUGUGUUCAGUCAGUGGCUCUAACAGUAUCUGUCAUGGAACAAAAUUCUGCAACUCUGUCACAUCCAAACACGUCCUGAACAUAAUAUUUAGACUUAAGUUUUUAGACAAAUUGGCAGUUUGCAUGCACUUAUUUGAAUCUCUAAAAUUUUUCGUUUAAUAGACAAAUGACCGAGUCUUUUAAGUAACUAGACUGAAAAUCUAUUUUUUAGUGAGCAUCACAGUUUGGAAUGGUUUCAUACAACAGUUGUUGUACAGAAAUAGAAUAAAAUAAACCUUGAAGAAAAAUGCAGUGAAACCUUAAAUUA